AUCCAACUCACCAGUUCACCUGCCCUCAGCAUUUGACUUUACAGCCUCCCAUCGAUUUCUCAGCCUCCAUAAACACUUGCAGUAAUCUUAUAUUGUCACCACUCACAAAAUGGUUUCGUUGGCAUACUUGAUCACCCUUCUGUCCCUCCUCGUCGCCGUUUCUCACGCAGAGGAGGUCGCUGCCGGCAAGACUGAGGACGUCGACCCCAAAUACUUCCGAUACGGAUCGAGGUACGGAGGAUUCGGCGGGGGAUUUUACAACAACUUCGGAUCUCUGAACAGUUGGGGAUGUGGCUGGGGAAGCGGCCUGAUGCUCAACACAUGGAGCAUCCCAUGGAUCAACAGUGUGUUCAAUUACUUUCCCAACGGCAACUGCUUUGGAGGCGGCUGGCUCCUCCGCGGACCCGGCAUGUACUUUGUCAAGGCCACUGAGGAAGGUCACAGUGUGGCCCGACGAGCUCUCCCUGUUGGUGCUGAACAACUCGUCCGUCGAGAGGCCGGAGUGACUUGCAUUAGCAACAAGGGUGUUUCCAGCACUUUCUCCCCUGAUGAAUGUAUCAAGGCCGCUCAUCAGUUGGCUGAAAAGAAGACCAGCAGCGCUACCCACGGAGGCUGCACCUUGACUCUUGUUACCAAGAAUGACAAAGUCGCACCAAGCCAAUCCUCGAGCCAGAUCCUCGAGAAGGCCGUCAACAGUAUCUUGGGCGCUUGCGGAAAAUCUCCCGAUACCCAGGGCCAGAACAAGAACGCUCGCCGCGCCGCUGCCGCUGGUCAAGAAGACGACACCCGCGUUGCCCUCCUCCUUUCCAAACCCAACUGAUCUCCUUGAUAUAUACUCGCAGCAAUAAGCAUUCAUCAACCGUGUUCAUUCUGUAUCUCGUCCUCCCUUAUUUAUCUCUUUCUCUCGUGUGAUUGUACCCCAUGCUAUCGUUAUAUAAAGUGUAGCUACAGUGGUUUCAUUUUCAAUGCAUUGGGUUUCUCUUGUCUCAGAAUUCUUGUUCAUCCGUCAGUGAGAUAGUGCGUGCUUGUGAGAGGUGCGAGGUCUACAUAGUU